AAUCUUGAGUUUCUGAUUUCUUCAACAGUGAGAGUGCAAGAGCAUGGCCUCCAUCGAGAUGGAGAGUGCAAAAGAAGAUGACAUUUCGCCGAUCGAGGAGGUUCGGCUGGUGGUGUCGAACGAAGACGAUCCCAGGCAGCCGGUGUGGACGUUCCGCAUGUGGUUCCUGGGAAUCGUGGCGGUGAUACUUCUCUCCUUCCUCAACACUUUCUUCGGCUACAGGAAGCAGCCACUCUUGGUCACCAUGAUUUCGGUUCAGGUGGCCACGCUUCCCAUUGGCCGCUUCAUGGCCAGGGUUCUCCCGCCAACCAAGUUUCGGAUCCGAGGGAGGGACUUCUCGCUCAACCCUGGUCCCUUCAACAUCAAGGAGCACGUCCUCAUUUCCAUAUUCGCCAACGCCGGCGCCGCGUUUGGGAAUGGCGCCGCUUAUGCCGUCGGGAUUGUCGAUAUAAUCCGCGCCUUCUACGGCCGGAAGAUUACCUUCCUGGCCGGUUGGCUCCUUGUUCUCACCACGCAGGUGUUGGGGUAUGGAUGGGCGGGGAUAAUGAAGAAGUACGUGGUGGAGCCCGCAGAGAUGUGGUGGCCCUCCACUCUAGUGCAGGUCUCUUUGUUCAGGGCCCUGCAUGAAAAGGAAAAGAAACGUGGGCGCAUGUCAAAAGAAACCUUCUUUCUGAUAGCACUUACUUGCAGCUUCGUGUGGUACGUGGUCCCAGGCUACCUAUUUACGGCGCUGUCAAUUAUUUCGUGGGUGUGUUGGAUAUUUCCCCAUUCUGUAACUGCACAGCAGAUUGGAUCCGGCGAAAAGGGACUUGGUUUGGGUUCCUUUUCCCUUGACUGGACCACCGUUGCUGCAUUCCUUGGCAACCCACUUGUUUCUCCUUUCUUUGCAACAGCAAACGUGUUGGUGGGCUACAUCUUAUUGAUCUACCUCAUCAUACCUGUCUCAUAUUGGGGACUUAAUAUCUACAAUGCCAAGAACUUCCCGAUAUACUCUUCUAGUCUAUUCGUUGCCAAUGGCACGGAGUACAAUGUGAAGGCCAUUGUAAAUGAAAAGUUUGAGAUAGAUAUGCUGGCAUACGAGAAACAAGGUCGAGUCAACUUGAGUGCGUUCUUUGCUAUUAGUUAUGGCAUUGGUUUUGCUGCCAUUGCCUCUUCCCUCACUCAUGUGGCCAUAUUCAAUGGGAGGGAGAUAUAUGAACAGUUCCGAUCUUCACGAUCUAAAAAAGAAGACAUUCACGCAAGAUUGAUGAAGAAGUACAAGCGAAUACCUAGUUGGUGGUUUCAUGUGACGCUUUUGGUUUCUUUUGCACUUGCACUUUUACAGUGCAUUGUCAUGAAAGAUCAGAUACAAAUGCCAUGGUGGGGUCUCAUCUUUGCAUCCGGGAUUGCACUUACUUUUACUCUUCCCGUUAGCAUCAUAACGGCCACCACUAAUCAGACUCCAGGUUUGAAUAUCAUUACUGAGUACAUCAUGGGUGUGAUUUUACCUGGCAAACCAAUAGCAAACGUUUGCUUCAAGACAUAUGGGUACAUAAGUAUGUCACAGGCUGUUUCCUUUCUAUCUGAUUUCAAGCUAGGACAUUACAUGAAGAUUCCGCCACGGUCCAUGUUCAUUGUUCAGGUUGUAGGGACGCUGAUAGCAGGAACCAUGGACGUUGGUGUCGCAUGGUGGUUGCUGGGUUCCGUUAAGAACAUAUGCAACCAAGAUUUACUGCCCGCAGACAGUCCAUGGACUUGCCCGGGUGACAAAGUUUUCUUUGAUGCAUCUGUGAUCUGGGGUUUGGUUGGCCCAAAGAGAAUUUUCGGUACUCUUGGGAAUUACCCAAAACUCAAUUGGUUCUUCUUAAUAGGAGCAUUGGGACCACUUGUUAUAUGGCUGCUCCAGAAAGCCUUUCGAAAACAAACUUGGAUAUCAUUGAUUCACCUUCCUGUGCUUCUUGGAGCAACUGCGAACAUGCCACCAGCUAGCUCCGUGAACUUCAAUGCAUGGAUUACUGUUGGCACAAUCUUUAACUACUUCGUGUUCAAAUAUCGUAAGAAUUGGUGGCAGCGGUACAAUUAUGUGCUCGCGGCAGCUUUGGACGCUGGAUUGGCUUUUAUGACGGUUCUUCUAUACUUUGCAGUUAACGUGGAGGAAAAAGGAAUUGUUUGGUGGGGAAAUGAUGGUGACCAAUGUAAGCUUGCCAAAUGUCCAACAGCGAAAGGUGUAGUUACUGAAGGGUGUCCUGUGUUUUGAUUUCCAUUUCGACAUCAUAUAUUUUCUGGUUAGUUAAGAAUUAAGAUGGUGGGUGGGGGAGUAAUAUUUCUGCAAAUACCAGUUGAAUUAGAUUGUUUUAAGCGCUUUAAUUUGGUGGACCUUUAUGUUGUGGUUGUGUGCAACUUCUCCAGAACAGAUCGUUGUUUUUUUUUA